UCCUUCUUUUUUUGUAAAUCUUCAUUGUUGACAUGUGGUACACUGUUUUGUCACUUGUAGUUGUGAAAUAAUAUACAGAAUGGGGAGAAAGAAAACUAGUGGAAAUCUUGGAAGGUCCAUAAUAAAGGAUCGAUUUGGUAAACGGAAUGUUGUUAAGAGUGACGACUCCUUCCUCCAUACCAGCGAGCUUCAGGAUGGGUAUGACUGGGGGAGACUGAACCUCCAGUCCGUCACAGAACAGAGUAACUUGGACGAUUUUCUGGCAACUGCAGAACUCGCUGGCACAGAGUUCGCAGCUGAGAAACUUAACAUUCAAUUUGUAGAUCCUCAAAAGCAUACAGGACUAAAACCCGAGGAUCUGGAACGAAUUAAACAGUUACACAAGGAACAUGAAACCUUACUUCGGAUUCCAAGAAGACCCCAUUGGGAUGAGAGUACCACAGCUGAACAGCUGGAUCACAUGGAGAAGGAAGCUUUUCUGCAAUGGAGAAGAGGACUGUCUUCCUUGCAAGAAAUUGAAGGCAUUAUCAUGACUCCAUAUGAAAAGAAUCUUGAGUUCUGGCGACAGUUAUGGAGAGUUAUUGAGCGAAGUGACAUUAUUGUUCAAGUAGUGGAUGCCAGAAAUCCUCUUCUGUACCAAUGUAUUGAUCUUGAAGAGUAUGUCAAGGAAGUUGACUCCAGAAAAGUUAAUGUUUUGCUGAUCAAUAAAGCAGAUUUUUUGAGUGACAGUCAGAGAGAAAUGUGGAAGGAACAUUUUGAUAAAGCUGGAACUCGAGUGGCAUUUUGGUCUGCUCUAGAAGAAACAGAGAGAUAUGAAAAAGCAGAGAGGGAAGAGAGAGAGGCAGAAAAUAUCUUAGAGCCGGAAUUUGAGGAAGAUUAUGAUGAGGAAGAAGAGGAAGAAGAAGAUGAAGAGAUGGACGACCCCAACAAUGUAAAGAAUGAAAAUCAGCAACAAGAAGAAACCGGAGUUGAGAGUGAGGUCCUAUCAGCUGAGACAGCAUCUCCUGCAAUCAAUGAAGUCAAUGAUAUUGACAAAUUAGAAACAGCACUCAGCCAUAGUUCAACUAGGGCUGAAGCAUCUGGUGGUCUAAAUAACAAUGUGAAAGUCUUUAAUGCAGAGGAGUUGCUGGAUUAUUUCAAGAGCAUCCAUCAAGGAGAAAAGGUUACAGAAGGACAGACUACAGUGGGAAUGGUAGGCUACCCUAAUGUUGGGAAGAGUUCAACAAUAAAUGCCAUCCUUAAAACCAAGAAAGUCCCUGUAUCUUCAACCCCAGGGAGAACCAAGCAUUUCCAGACGCUUUAUGUGGAGAGUGAUUUGAUGUUGUGUGAUUGUCCCGGUCUUGUAUUCCCCUCAUUUGUGUCAACAAAAGCAGAACUGAUUGUGAAUGGAAUUCUACCUAUUGACCAGAUGCGGGACCAUUGGCCCCCAGUGAACCUUGUGUGCAGUUAUAUUCCAAGAUCAACCUUUGAGGCUUUGUAUGGUAUUAAUCUUCCACCUCCAUCAGAAGGAGAAGACCCUAAUCGACUUCCUACUGCGGAGGAACUACUGACAACCUACGGGAGUAUGAGGGGGUACAUGGCUGUAAAUGGGACCCCAGAUUGCCCGCGAACUGCAAGAUACAUCCUGAAGGACUUUGUGAAUGGACGCUUGCUCUAUUGUCAUCCUCCACUUGAUGUAGAUCCUGAAGAAUUCCAUGAUUGUGGGUUAGUUCCAAAAGACCUUAUGGAGAAGCAAAGUGCUUUGUUAAAAAAGAAACCUAAGGAGGCGACUCCUUCCCAAAGCAAGCUGGAUAAGGACUUCUUUAAGAAGUUAAAUGUGGGCAUGCAUUCAAAGGGCUCCGUCAACAUACGUCAGACGGGAGGAGUUAGUAUGGGGGGAGGAAGUGUGAGUGGCAGCAUGACCUCAAUAGCCGGCAAACCAUGGAAAAAACACAACAACAAAGGCAAACGAGAAAAACUGCGCAGAGUGUACAAAGAUGGAGAAUGAAAUUUCUUAAGAAGACAGUUGACUUGUUAAAUUUGAAAUAAUUGUUCAAUGAAACUAGAAGAAACUCAUUGAACAUCAAAACUAGUGCUUUUUAUCUGACACUGAUAUUGCUAAAUGAACAUGACUGAAUUUUACAUGUUAAUGCACUGUUAAUAGAUAUUUUAUUUUGAGAAAAGGGCAAUUUGUCAAAAUUUGAAUUAUACAAAUAGCUUAUAUUUACUGCAAAACAUGUUUAUCAAAUGUGCAUAGAUAAAAGUCAACAUUUAAGAAAUAAAUUCAAGUUACAUGUUAAA